UUAUUCUGAUUUAUUCUGAAAAUGACUAACUAUUAUUGGAUUAUAGCUCAACAUUCUGGGAAAGUUCUCGAAGUUAAAGAUGGCUCUUUGUGUAGUUAUGUUGAAAUUAUCCAACAUAAAGGUGUUGAUAUGCAACUCUGGUAUUUUAAUGGUGGAUUUAUUGUAAAUAAAAGAUCUUGCUUCGUGCUUGAUGCCGCUGGAUGUAACUAUAAGGACAAUUUUAUCCAUUUGAAAUUUAAUCGAAAUUUUGUCCUUGAUGUCUCGGGGGCGAAAACUGAUAAUAGUACUAACAUCCACUUGUGGGAAAAGCAUGGUGGCAAGAAUCAACAAUUCAUUUUGCAAAAGUGGGAUGAUGGUUCGGCAGUUAUUGAAAAUGCAGAAACGAACAUUAUUGAUAAUUUUAAAUUUUUGCCAAAAUUAUCGCAAAAUUUCCUUGAAAUUUUGAAUGAUGACGAAUAUUACGAUCAUAUAAACAUUGAAGUUGGUGAUAACCCUCAUGUAAAAACAUUUCACGCUCAUAUGGUUAUUUUAAGUCAUCGUUCUCCUUACCUACGAAGAAAGUUGUCGACUAACAAAAAAAAUAAUGAUGGGACUUUGACACAUACAUUUAUAGCGGAAAACUUUCUUUAAAAGAAAUUGAUCCAACAAAUAUAAUUAAAUUAUUAGUUGCCGCUAAUGAACUAAGUCUCCAGGAGUUAGUUACCUAUAUUCAAUCCUU